AGGCCAUUGUUGCCGCCAUGGCGGAAGGCGAGGGCUUGCUCUCCGUGGACUACGAGGUGUUCGGCAAGGUGCAGGGCGUUUUCUUCCGCAAGUACACCCAGGGGGAGGCUAAGAGGCUCGGACUUGUUGGUUGGGUCCAAAAUACCAGCCAUGGCACUGUGCAAGGGCAAGUUCAGGGCCCAGCUGCCAGGGUGCGGGAGCUGCAGGAAUGGCUCAGGAAGACGGGAAGUCCACAGUCCCACAUCAGCCGAGCAGACUUCAGGAAUGAGAAGAAGAUUGAGGCGCUGGAGCACAGUGACUUCCAGAUCGUGAAAUAGCUUUGCCCAGGAAGAAGCAAAAUCUGGGUCAUGAGCUGCUCUCACAACACCUGUACUUAGGCAGUUUUAGUCUCUGGAGAACUUUAAUUGUAUUAAAUUUCUAAUUUAUUGGUUUGUUGUA